AUGCACCGUAGUGUUGUGGAGCUACGAAGGUUCAACUGCGAUCACGAGGACGUAUAUUCGAGUAGGUCUACUCGGCACUGGAUAUUACGAGCUAACGAUCCUGAUGUUGAAUCACAGACUGGACGACGACAGUCAACAAUGGUUAACACACGAAAAACGGCUAAUCGACCGAACAACAACGGAUAUGGUAAACCACGUUUUGUACAGCACUCCCAAACGGGAAAUGGCUGA